AUGUCAAAGCUGGCACAAACCUCCGAUUAUGAUGGCAUCGUUUUCCAAGAUGUCAUGUCCCAAUUCCCGGCCCUAAACGGUCACACCCAAUUGAUCCUCGGUUUCAAACUCCCUCUAAGAACAACUCGCGAAGCUGUUACGGACGCUCUCGAGACUGCUCUCAGCAGCUUAACUAGUCAGAUUGACUGGCUCGAUGGCCAGGUGACUGAUAAAGAUGGACUGCUUCUGCCAGCACCAUGGCCAAAGGAUGGACCCAAGAAUGAGAUUCUUCGUCGCAAAGAUUGCGAUAGCGUAUUACCCGCAAUGGAUGAUCUCCUUCGAAGAGGAGUGCCUAUUUCAGAACUGGACGCCAAUAUAGUCUCGCCGUUUUCAGGCUUGAGUGCCGGUCAUAAACUCGAGCCGCCCGUGCCGAUUGUUGCACUGCAAGCCAACUUCAUCAGCGGAGGGAUGCUGCUUACCAUGUGCUUCCAUCAUAUCGUCAUGGACGGCACCGCUGCCUUUCAAUUUAUUCGGCAUCUCGCGUCUGCACUCGAGGGAAACCAAAUCUCGACUGAUGAUCUACUGCAAGCAAAUCGCGAUAGACGAUCAGUAGUCAGACUGCUUAGCGCUGCAGAACCCAUUAAAGACUACACGGAUCUGCGCCGUCCACCUGGCUUCACCUAUCCACAAGUAUUGUCGACACCAGCUUGGUGCUAUUUUAAGCUCCCCGUAGCUGCACUGAAAGCAUUGAUGAAGAUAGCACGGACGCAGUCAUCAGCAUCAACUUCUCACAUUAGUCUCCUCUCGGAGAACGAUGUGAUAUGUGCUUUCUGUUGGCAGCGUAUCAGCACAGUGAGGUUGUCCACACAAGCCCCGGGGACGGUAUCUAAGUUCUCCAGGGCCAUUGAUGGCCGCCUUGCUGGAGGCGUUUCUUUGGGCUACAUGGGCCAUAUGGUCUACCACGCCAAUCUCCGUCUCCCCAUACAACACAUUGCGUCGUCAAGUCUAGCAGAUAUCGCUUAUAGAUUACGAAAAGCCCUUGAUUCUGCCAAUAAUGAAUGGACUUUACGUAGCUAUGCGACAUUCAUUGCUCGGGAACCAGAUAAAUCUCUUCUUCUUUAUGGUGGAAAAACAAACCCAAAUACAGACCUUGGAGCAACCUCUGCUCUUGCAGGAGACGACCUUCGUCCAAAGUCUUUUGGUUCCCUGCUUGGGUCUUCAUGCUUUCUUAGGCGCCCAAAAACAUCUCCAAUUACAGGCUCCAUCUCUAUGAGUCCCAUCGAAGGCGACUAUAUCCCACUUUGUCUCUGCUUGCCCACCGUAGACUUGGAGCUUUUGAAAGCCGACACGGAAUGGAAGAGAUAUACUAGGGUUGUUGGUUGA